GAGAGCGUGCCCCGUCUCCCAGCAACGCGCUGGAUGCUUGGCCUACUCCGCCUCAUGGAGCCUGGCGGGGAGCGGGAGCAGCGCGAGCUCAGGCGCCAGGCGGCCGAAUACUACCAGCGCCACGAGGUGCCGCAACGGCUCGAGGAAGCGCUCAACGCCACGUACCCCCUGCGGCCUGCCGACCUCUAUGGCCACCUGGCUAACUACUUCUCCAAAUACUCAAAACCUCCAGUAAUAUGCAAACUGGUUGGAAAAAGGGUCCUUGAUGGAGUGGGUCAACCAACAUUAGAAGUGGAAGUAUUUUGCACAGUUAAAAACAAUGAAAAGAGGAUUUGUUCCACUGUGAUCCCUUCUCACUCUGAUAUAUUUGAAAAUGCUUCACCUGAAGCAAUUGAUGCUGAUGACAAAGAAAGGAAUGAUUCUAUUAAAACUGCCCUAGAAUGGGUGAAUGAAUCGGUGAAUGAAAUUCUCAAAGACAUGCAACCUACUGACCAGUGUAAAAUUGAUAAGUUACUUGGUGAAUACUUUACAAAGAAAGUAGAGGAAGAAGAAGAAAGAAAGAAAACUGAAAAGCAAGAACAAGGGACAGAAAUGUCUGUGCCCACAUGUGUUUCAUCUCCACCUGCUGCAGUACAAGCUGGCAAAAAAAAGGCAUCCAAAAUAGGAAUGAAAACUUCUGUUGCAGAGAAACCAAUUCCACCUAUGGAACCUGUUGAACCACCAUUCUGUGGCAGCAUAGCCAUUGCAGGAAUAUCACUUGCUGUUGCUAAAACUGGUGCAACCGUUAACCACACACCUUUAUACUUGCACAUUGCACGGCUGAAACAUGAUCAGGAUUUGCCUAAGGAAUUGACUGUGUCCCUACCAAUGGUCACUCUUUUAAGCUGUGGAAAAUCAUCACCUGGAAAAGUGAAAUUAAUGAAAGAAGUGAUGCUUAUACCACCAGCUGGGUUAACAGUUAAACAAGGUAUAGAAAGAAUUCUUGAUAUUCAGAAAGAAAUGAUGUGGUUAUUGGAGCCUGCAUGCAAAGCGUCCAGCCCUCAGCUAGCAGACAGUAAAAAAGGCAGUGCACGUAACACAGGGAAGAAAGCUCCGCCACCAGUUUUAAAAAGAAUAUCACACUUGGGCUGCCUAACAACAGGGUUUGAUACUCUAGAACAACCUCUGGUCUUAGUGCAAACAGCUUGCAGGAACAUAGGCCUGGAACUAGGAAUAGAUGUUUAUUUAGCAAUCAACUGUGCUGCUCAUGAAUUGAUGGACUAUACAAAAGGAAAAUAUGAAACACUCACUGGAACACUCAAGAGUCCUGAAGAACUAGUUGAUAUGUAUGUGGACCUGAUUAAUAAAUAUCCCUUUAUUAUUGCAUUAGUAGAUCCUCUGAGGAAAGAGGACUGCCAGCAGUGGAGUAAUAUAUGUAAUAUGCUUAGUUCCAAAUGCUACCUGAUUGCAGAAGAUGCAUCUAAAAUUAUUUCUAAACUUGUAAUAGACCAAAAUAUACAAGUACCAAAAUGCAGUGGUCUUGUAGUAAAAUAUACAAACCAAACCACGAUAACAAAUCUGAUAGAACUUACAAGAAUUCUAGAUGGACAAAGACAUAUUACCAUAUUAGGAAGUCCAGAUGGAGAAUCUUCUGAUGAUAGCCUUGUAGAUCUGGCUGUUGGACUGGGCGCCAGGUUUAUCAAGCUGGGAGGUCUUUCCCGUGGAGAGAGGGUGACCAAAUACAACCGCCUUCUUGCUAUAGAGGAAGAACUGGCCAAGAAUGGAGCGCUGCGUUCAGGAGAAAAGUAUCUUGAAUUCGUUGAUUUUGCUGAAGAAGCAAUACUGAUAGAUGCAGAACUUGAUGCACUUCCUCCAACAAAGCAGGGCCAGAUGCUUCCCCAGUCUGCCCAGCCAUCACUGGCUGAGGACUAGGACUUCUCUCACAGGACAGCACACUCCACCUGACUUGAUGGAUGCAUCAGCAUCACUUCAAUGGAUUUGGAGCCAGAGCAAUUAAUAGUCUGGUCCUGCAAGGUGCUAAGAACCCUCAGCUGUCAGUGAAGUCGACUGGAAUUGUGAGUCCACAGCACCUCAGGAGAUGGACUGUAAAUUUUGGGGUUUAUGUUCUGAUGUGUCAUUUGAUUGACAAGGGAAAUCCACACACUUAUACAGAGCCUUCCUGGACACACUGUGUAGUGGCAAAGUCCCUUCAUGCAGAUACAAUGG